GUGGUCUGAACGAUUGAGGGGGAGGAGACAAACAGCUGCAUAGCUCCACAGCAGCAGCUCUUCACUCUAAACUCUCUCCUCCUCCAUUUGAUUACCCCGAUGAGCUGAAGGAAGUUACAUUAUACCAGCAGCAGCGUUCAUCUUAAGACAUGCUUUGCAGAGGUUGCAGAUAAAUUCACUUUGAUCCAUGAUGAUCACUAACUGCUCAUCACCCCCACCAUCCCAAGAGGGCCCUCAGUGUCCACCUGAGAGUUCCUUUCAGGUGUUCGCUCCAGCUGAGCAUGAGGUUCAUCAACAGGACGUCAUCCAAGAAACUCCUCUAGAAUCAGUAGAAGACACAUCGAAAUCUCUGCACAUGCAUCGUAACAAACACUUUAAACGUUUGAGCUCUCAAUGGCAAUCAACCUUCAGGGGCAACAUUGCUCUCUCUCCAACAGAGAAGCGGCACAGUGCAAAGAGCUUCAGGAGGCGCUGCAAGCUGCUGGGAGACGAGCAGCCUCUAUGUGUCACUACCAACAAUCAGCGCCAGCGUUACGUCACCAAGGACGGCAAGUGCAGGGUUAAUCUGGGGCACAUUAAAGACAAGAGUCGCUUCAUUUCAGAUAUUUUCACCACAUUAGUAGAUCUUAAAUAUCUCUGGUUCCUUCUCGUCUUCACUGCCUGUUACAUCCUCACAUGGAUGUCCUUUGGUGCAAUCUACUUCUUAGAUGCUUGGCUACGUGACGACAUUGCACACGUCCACGACUCCCAGUGGCAGGCAUGCUUUGAAAAUGUGGACAGCUACCUCUCAGCCCUGCUGCUAUCUCUGGAGACCCAGAGGACUAUUGGGUACGGCACCAGGAGGGUAACAGCUAAUUGUCCUGAGGGUGUGGUGCUCCUGAUGGUCCAGUCCAUCACCGGCUCCAUUAUCGAUGCCGUGAUGGUGGGCUGUAUGUUCGUUAAAAUCUCCCGACCACAGCAGAGGGCCCAGACACUGAUCUUCAGCAAACACUGCGUCAUCUGUGAGCGUGACGAGAAGCUCUGCUUGCUCUUCCGCAUAGGUGACCUUCGAGAGAGCCACAUGGUGGACGCCAAGAUCCGAGCCAAGCUGAUCAAAUCCAGGCAGACCAAGGAGGGAGAGUUCAUCCCACUGGAGCAGACAGAGAUCAAUCUGGGCUAUGACACUGGAGGAGACAGGCUUCUCCUGGUAGAGCCCCAAACCAUUGCCCAUAUCAUCAAUGACAGUAGUCCCUUCUGGGAGGUGGGGGCCAAGCGCUUGAAGAGGGAGACACUGGAGAUUAUCGUUAUCCUGGAAGGCAUUGUGGAGGCAUCAGGUAUGACAUGCCAGGCAAGGACAUCCUACACACAGGAUGAGAUUCUGUGGGGUCACCGAUUUGCUUCGUGCAUUUCCCUGGAAAAAGGAGCAUUCCUCGUGGACUGCAGUGCGUUUGACAAAACCUUUGAAGUCGAAAUGUCUCCACUCAGUGCAAGAAACAGAAGCCAUGCAAAGGAUGAGGAAUCUACAUUUUAGAAACUGAAAUUAUUAUUAUUAU